AUGACUACUGUUGAAGAGUCACAACUACUGACUGAUCAAGGUGAUUUUGAAUUUGAUACUCAAAACUCAUACUUGUUUUCCCACAAUGCUCAAGAAAGUAAUGAACUCGAAGAGGAAGAUAUUUUUGCUACUAGCAAAUCCAUAUUGUUUCAAGAUGUAGAAGAGAACCAAAAUGAGAAUAAUAUGGAACUAGAUGAUAUUGCCAAUGAGGAAGAGCAAAAUGAACAACUAGAAUCAAACACUGUUCAAGACUACUCCCCAGUAAUGCAUGCCUCAAAAACUGUCAAAUUAUUCUCCGGAGAAGUGAUCAAGUUAUCUCCAAGAGUUUUCAAUACUACCACCAUUGAUGAGACGCAGUUGAAAGGUACUUAUAUGGAUAUGGAUUCAUUAACCACGAGAGCCAAUUUGCGUAAUUCGAUUAAAGAACAAAAUAGAAGAAAACAAGUGGAAAAUCCAACAUCUACUACGAAAAAACUGCAUCCACGAUCCAAGAUUUGGACAGAGAAGUAUAAGCCAACCAGUUUUAUUCAGCUAUGCUCUGCAGGCAAUGAUAAACAAUAUAGAUUAGUUUUACACUGGUUGAAAAAAUGGUCACAUACAGUUUUCCAUGAAGAUAUUCACGAUAGAGAUAAUGUCGAUUCCCUUGGACGUCCAUUUAGAAAGAUUUUGUUGAUUCAUGGUCCAACAGGUAUUGGUAAAACUACUGCCACUCAUAUUCUAGCGAAUCAAAUGGGAUAUAGUGUUCAAGAAUUGAAUGCUUCUAAUAGUAUGGAUACUUUACCUCAAGCCUCAGGUGGUGGGGGUGGAUCAACCGCAUAUUCUAAUGCUUCUGCAGCCUUGAAAUUGAAGAUAAUUAAUGCUUUGACUUCAAAUAGUAUUUCUUCAAAGGGAAAGCCAUCAUGUUUGAUCAUUGACGAAAUAGAUUCAUUGGCUAAUGUAAGUGAUGUGAUAAAAGUGUUGAAUGAUUUAGUUCAAUCUGACCAACGUGCACUCAAUAAGAAGUUAAGAAAACCGAGUUUAGAUGAUCCACAAGCCAAGAAUAAAUCAAAAAAGAAGGAUUUUUUGUUAAAUCGUCCAAUUAUAUGUAUUGCCAAUGAUAUUUAUUCCCAGCAAUCCAACAGAUAUGGUCCAAAUCCAAUGGACAAACUACGUCCAAUAUCAGAAAUUGUUGCAUUUAAAAAGCCAGUAACUGCAAAGGCGGUAUCGGGAGCCAAAUUUGGUGGUAAUGCUGUUAAAUCAGUGAAAGAUCAUUUGAUGAAUAUAAAUAGUAGAGAGAAACUUGGUUUAGAUUAUCAAGAAAUUGGAGAUGUUGUUGAAAUUUGUGAUUCUGAUAUUAGAGCUUGUAUUAAUCAUUUGCAAUUUAAUAGUAGAAAAGUGGUAACUGUUGACCAAAAAGUUAACAACAAUGAACUAAUGGAUAGACAACUUUCAUGGUUUGCAAUGGUUGAUCAGUUGUUUAAACGUGAUCCACAAUUAUCCAAAGAACAGAAUUUUAAUCGUAUCUUUAAUAGCUUCAUGAGUGGAGAAGGCAAAACUAUAACUAAUAAUUCCAGUACUUUUGAUAAAGUUCUCAAAGGUGUUUUUGAUAGAUACUUGGAUGUGGUUCAUAAUCAGGAUGAUUCAUUGAUUAAACCCAGUGAGUUUAGUGAUUGGGUUGGUGUUUAUGCUCAAUUUAGUAAACAUAAUGAUACUAACGAAUAUUUUCCAUUACUUGGUCUUAAAACAUGGUCUUUGUUUAGUGAAUUAAAUCCACAAAGAUACAACCAACUGCUUAUCCCUAAUGCAAAGAAUUUAGACUUUGAGCAUUAUGAAUUAUUGAAGACAAAUAAAAAUAUAAUCAAGACAGUAUCAGACAGUUUACCUGUUAAAGUUCAACUUGCACUUGGUAUUAAUCCUGAAAAUGCUGCUACUCAGUUUUUGCCAUACUUGGCAAAGAUAGUUUGUCCUAGUUUAUCUGCUAGAUUAAAAUCUGAUUUAAAUGAUACCGAAAAGAAAUGGGUAGAAAAAAUUGCCAGUAUAGUUAAAGAUUUUGAUUUAUCGUUAGAGAAUCUGAAAGAUUUAGAAACUGGGUUAGUAUCGUUAAAGAUGAAUCCAAAUUGGGAUACAAUCACCGUAUUUGAUAAUGCAUUUGCACCCGUGCCUCUGGCUUCUGCUUUCAAACAAACCCAAUUCCGUCGUCAAGCUAUAUUCCCUUUGGUAACUACAGAACUAGAUAGAUUGAGCAUGUUGAGAAAAGCCGCCAAACGUCCACUAGCUGAAACUAUAGAGAAGGAGGAUGGACCAGAAACCAAAAAGGCAAAAUCCGGAUCGGGUGUCAAUUUCUUUAAAGGAAAAUAUGAAGAAGUCAACUCGCAAAUCCAAGUUGAUAACUCAUCAAACAAGGAAUCUGAUGAAGAAUUUAAAACUUCAAGAAUAUGGGUUAAGUAUAAUGAAGGUUUUUCAAAUGCUGUUAGAAAGAAUAUAGGUUGGAAUGAUUUCUGGCUGGUUUAG